GAAAAGGGUCAAGUAGUAAACACUACGAGUCACUCCCCCAGGCAUGGGCUAUCAUCGUGUCCACAAAGCGGAGCAAUGGUGCAAAAUAUUUUGACAGAUAUCUACAGAUUUAACUGGACGCAGUUGCAUAUUUUGCACUGUUAUGCCAAGUGAUUUGGAUUCGUGCGGCUCUUUGAUUUUACACAUCGUGUGAUCAGCUGAUUUUAAACAUAAUGGCAGAUUAUUUAAGUGAUGCUUCAGACAGUGAAUUAAACAGCCGGAAUUCGGAGGAUGCCAGCUACAGUAACCUCUCUACUAUUCCGGAUAACCUGAUCCCCCGUGCCAAAGAGAUCCUCUCCCUGAAACUGAACCACAAUGAGAUUUUACUGCUCCCACCCUCCAUAUCUUUGUUUGUGAACUUGCUCUCUCUUGAUCUCAGUAAUAAUCAUCUAACUCAUAUACCUAAAGAGUUAAUCAGUCUCAAGUGCUUAAGGACACUUCUAGUCAAAAGCAAUGGAUUAUCAUGUGCCUCUAUUCCUAAGGACUUUGGACUGCUGUCAUCAUUGGAGCUUCUGAACUUCAGUGGAAAUUCUCUGGAAACGUUCCCACCUCAGUUUACAGAACUUCCAAAUCUACGGUAUCUGUACCUGGGUGGGAAUUGUAUAGCAGAAAUGCCAAACUCUAUCAAAAACUUACAAAGGCUAGAGGUAUUGUACCUCGGUGGAAAUCGUCUAACGGAGGUCCCGGCAGAAAUAGGACAGCUCUAUUACCUCUCAUGUUUAAUUCUGUGUGAUAAUCAAAUUCAGAGCAUUCCACCAACACUGAUCCACCUCCGAAAUUUACAAUCACUAAGUCUGCACAACAACCAGAUCUCAACCCUCCCUCCUGAGAUUGUGAGACUCAACCUUUCAGAACUCAGUCUCAGGAAUAACCCCCUUGUGAACAAAUUUGUACAAGACAUGACUUACGAACCCCCCACUCUACUGGAACUAUCAGGGAGAGUGAUCAAAAUAGAAAAAGUCAAGUACGCCAAAGACGAUCUCCCUAGCAACCUAAGGAAAUAUCUUGGGUCAGCCCAGAGGUGUGUGAACCCCAAAUGCAAAGGUGUGUAUUUUACAUCCCGGAUUGAACAUGUGAAGUUUGUAGACUUUUGUGGGAAAUACCGCCUCCCCCUGUUACAGUACCUGUGUUCCCCCCAAUGUAGAACAUCACCGGCCGUGUAUCACAGCAGCAGUGACACGGAAACAGACGAGGAGGAAGUGGCCAAUGCAAAACUACGCCGUGUGCUGCUAGGGUAGCCGCAAAAAUAUGUCACAUGCUGCAGGGGUAGUCACAAAAGUACACUGCGUACUGCUGGGGUAGCCGCGAAACUAUGCCGCAUACUACUGGGAUAGCCGUAAAACUAUGCCGUGUACUGCUGGGGUAGCCACAAAACUACGCAGCGUACUGCUGGGGUAGCCACAAAACUACGCCGCAUGCUGCUAGAGUACCCAUCUACUAUGUGACAAAGCCCCCCGCACAAAUGGCAGAAUAGAUUUUUCUUCAAUGCAAUCAGUCACAUUCAUAGAAUUAUGGAAAUGUUUGUGAUUGUGGGUUGAAAUGUAUUUUAAUAUUUUCAAAUGUAAAAUUUUAACAUAUUACGGGUAUUUGUAUUUUAUUUUUAAGUAAUUAGUUAAGUAUAGUCUGUGAAAAGUAUAUUUCUGUUGAAUCUGUCUCCUCUGUGUUUAAUAUCCAAUAAUACUGCUAUAUUACUGUUUAAUUUAACAGUUAUCUUCAAAUGAAAAUUAUUGACACUUAUAGCUUAUUUUGGAAUUGUUUUACUUUGUUUUUUCUGCUCCUAUUUUGUAUGCUAGAAUACUUUCAUUAUCUCCAUAUUUUUCACUUGAGAAAAUUUGCAAAAUAGUUGAAGUGCAACCAUUACUUAGUGCAUCAGUAUUUAGAUUUAUUUUUUUGUUUAAUUUAGUUGAAUAUAAACAUUUUUAUUUUUAAAUACAAGUCACUAAUGAGCAUAUAUCUAAUUUUAAGUUGGGCAUUGGUUUCACGAAAAACAGGUCACUAGGAGAUGAAAUGUCAUUACAGGCAUACUGAAAUAUUUACUUCAGUGUCACAAUUUUGUUCUUUCACGCAUCUUGGAAUACACAAUUUUAAAAUAAAAAAAAUAUAAAAUU